AUGGAGCUCGGCGCUGGCCUUUGGCCGAAGGCCUCCAUUUUCCCGGCCACGCUCCCAACUCGUCCAACUCUGCAAAGGAGGCAUAAGCAGCAGACCCCGAUAUGGCACAUAUGGCCAGCCGCGUUGGCCACAUCGUUUGCAGCUGCUCCCGGCAGACGGAGGACUUUGAUGGCUAGAGCUGUGCAAUCGGACAAGGGUCCUGACAGUUUUAAGUUCUCAGAUGGUGAGGUGAUGAAAAGCCUGCCACAUUUUCUGGAAGUUGCGCGUGAGGUGGUUGAGGCCAUCCGCCAAUUUGCUGACCUUCAUCGCAGUGAUACCGUGGUGACCUGGAUCACCGGAAAACGGGUGCAAGUCUACCUCUCGGGUCCCAAGAGCCAGCCUUUCUUGCAGUACGCAGAGGAGCAUGAGCAUUCGGAGAUCCUUUUAACAUUCCUGGCCCAGCUCAAGUCGCAGCUGGCGUGUGUGGCCGAACUCAAUGGUGGUGAGGCCUCAGAGGACAUCGCAGCCUUAGUGGGCGCUGCCGAGAUGCAGGUGCCACAUACAGACCUUCUGCCGGGCCAAGUGCAGGUCAUCCUGGCUCUCACAGAGACGACCUCCACGUCGGUCUACGAUCCCACCUUGCCCAGUCGCCAGGAGAUCGCCAAGAUCAUGGGAGUGAAUUCUAAAGAGCUCACGGAGGAAGGGCAGUUCGGACUCGUGUACCAGAGCUUCCCACUGGUGUUGCCUGUGAAGGACGUCUAUCAGAACAUGGUGGAGUCUUACAAUGGAACCUUCAAGAGUGGGGAUGCAGUGCAGAUCAAAGAUGGCAUUGUCCACGCAGGUCCUGGAGGUUCUGAUGAGAACUCUCAGAGUCCACGGGUGGUGAUCUUCAUGACCUACAGGACGUUUCGAGAGGAUCAUUAUGAAUUCACCUUUCAGGCCAAGCUUUGGGACUGGGCCUCCCACCCGGCCAUCCCGCCGAUGAUCGCCUACCAGCGCUUGCGGGAAGUGUAUGAGUUUGGCGUGAAGAACGGUAUGGAUAUCAAGCCUUGGACAUACUACCCGCCAGAGAGCCUGGAAGCCUGCCAGAUGUUGUGUACUACUCCGGGCCUUGACGAGACGACCGUGGAGCUGAUGGUGGAAGAGUGGCGGGAGAUGCUCUAUGACGAAAACGUCGAAAUCAUCAGCCAAGAUCAGGUGGGCGAGGCAAGCCACGUGGGCGGUUGCAGUUUGCCCAUGUUUGCCCAAUGGUCUUUUGGUUGCUUCUUGUCGAAGAUUCUCGGCACAGACCGCCAUCGGGAAGACGAUCGAUACGAGCUGGUGAUGGUUCCAGCCUUGGUCCAUUGGUGCCCCGAAAUCGGCGCAGCGAACGGAGCUGCAGCGCGCCGUACGGCGCGUCGCGCCCUGAGCGCCCUGGGCCCUGAGCUAGAUAGCGCCCUUGACAAGCGCGGCCAGAGGCGGUGCCGCUCCGGCCGCAUCGCCGGGAGCGUGUUUUCAAUGGGCAACUCCCUGGUGGGCAAGCCGGCGAAUGGCAUCGAGACGACCCCGUCGGUGUCCAUGUGGGUCGUCAGCGUCACUGACUUCUUGACCAUGACCGUCCCAUUCCCUAGUCAUGAGCAACUGCUGGUCUGGGGCUGCUGCACCGACGACGGGGAUGGGAAGCUUGCUGUCUCAAUGGACUUGGCGAGCCACUUGCAAGGGCUCCAGACUUCUGCUCCCUCAGCAGAGAAGACUUCUGCCCUCAUGCGAGAAGCUUUCCUUUGGCUGGAUUGGUUCAGUGUUCCGCAAAUCUAUUCAGAGGGGAACAUCGAGGAGGGCGAGGUCGAGAGCCCCGUGGCCUCUGUGGCCUCGAAGAGCACCUCCUUCGGCUCUCAGGAGACUCAGAUACAAUCGAUUCCAUAUUUUGUGCACAGCUCUGACAUGUUCGUGGUCUUGGCACCUCGACUGAUUCAUAAGGAUACCUCCGCAGUGUGCAAUUGCGCGAGCUGGCUGGCACGCGGCUGGUGUCGUGCAGAGAUGUGGUGCAAGAUGCUCUCGGACAAUCCAAGCGACAUCCCGGUCAUCCUUGUGUCCUCAUCUGAUCAAGCAGAUGUUGUCACCUCCAACUGGGCAGAUGUGCUACCACUGGAUGGCGAUUUCACUGACAGUUCAGAUCGAAAGAAGAUUGCGAUGAUGCUGCAUCACUUGCUUCGUUACAAGCUCCGAGCCUUGGCCGAGGAGCAGAACAUCAACUUGUUUCGCUUUUGGCUUGCUCGCCGUGAAGAAUUCCUGGGGAUGCCGCCGCGCGAACGCUCGUUGAGCACCUUCUUGGACGACUUUCAAUUCCAAUCCUUACAAUCGGCGCGGAAAGAGCAGACUGGUAUGGGUCCUAUGGCAUGUGCUGCGCUGUCUGGCAAUGCUCAGCUGAUCCCGCUUUUAUCCAAGGAGGGCUUUUCCGCCCAGAAGUUCAUGCAGGCGAUGCCUGAGGUUGGCAUUGCAGCAAAGUCAAGCCUCCUUUUCGUGGCAUUGAAGUUCGCAUGGCGCCAGCCCGAGGUCCUGAACGCCUUGCUGGAGGCGAAAGCGGAUGCCAAUGACGUUCAUCGUCCCUCUGGCCUACAUGCGCUGAGCCUGUGUAAAUCACCAGAGGCAGUGGAGCUUUUGGUGCAAAGACGUGCAGAUGUCAAUCAGCCAACCUCUUCUCGCUAUCAGACUUCUAUUCUGAGUCAAGCUUGCAUGAACUGUGCACCUGCACCAGUGAUUUCCAAACUCUUGGAAUUCCGCGCGCGAGUGGACGAUGCUUCUGCCUUCGCGAGCUUGGCUGCGGUGGCCCACAUGAAUCCACAUAGUUUGGAUGUCACAGCCUUGCUGCUGACAGCCAGGGCUGACGUGAAUUGUAGAGGAGUUGCUGCUCAUAGCCGCAGCCGUAAGAAUCUGAUUGGAUGCAAGCUUUUUCCAAGGAUGCCAGAAGUGUCACUGUGUGCUCGCCUCGAAGCUGAGUGGAGCACAAGCCCUUUGGGCUUUGCAUGUUUCUUUGGACGGGCAGAGCUCGCGUCAUUCCUGGUGGAGGCGCGGGCAGACCCGGAGUUGGAGAAUGAGCAUGGCCGAACACCUUUCGAUCUUGCCGAGAGUCAAGAUGUUUUAUUCAUUGCCUUGAGGAAAGGAUUUCGAUACAUUAUCGUCGUGUCAGAGCACAUUAUGGUGUGA